AAUGCGAACCGCACUGCAUUGGUGUCUUUGCAUCAACAUGCGGGCGGCAAGGAGGGAGAAACAUCCCCAACAAGCUGGACAUAUGCACAGCUCCACGAGGAAAGUCUUCGGCUAGCCCACCGCCUAUCAGCACAGGGUGUCGCACCUGGACAUCGCAUUGCGACUAUUCUCUUCAAUCAGAUCGAGUGGGCGCUCGUAUUCUGGGCUGCCGCGCAUCUUGGUUGUCAAUUUAUUGGAAUUGAUUACCGCGCGGUGAACCACAAAGACCACGCCUGGGACCUCUUGAAGGGUGUUCCAUGCGAUGUGAUCAUAGCAUCAAACAAUAAACUGGCUCUUGCUGUUGACAAUGCUCUUGGUCAAGAUAAAAACACAAUCAAACACCGAUUUGUUGUCGAAGAGCCCCAGACUCCCGGGUGGAGAGCUUUGGCAAAGCACUCUCAGGAUGCCACAGGAGAUCUCACAAAGGAUAUUGUGUCUCCCAGCCGCCCGGACGACACAGCAGUCAUCUUCUUCACUAGUGGAACAACGGGCAGCUCCAAAGCUUGCCCGCACAGCGCAGUCACGCUGUACUCAGUUGCUCGUGGUCUCAGCAAAGCCCAUUCCAUCGACCAUGAGAGCAGUAUAUGCCAGCAUUUGCCUGGCUUCCAUAUUUUCAGCGUCGUGUAUAGCUUGACUGCAUGGCUACACGGUGCCAGUCUCGUGUUCCCGAACCCAACAUUUGACGCCGAUUGUACCAUUCGAGCCAUACAACAGAGCCGCAAUGUCAUUCUUCCUUGCGUACCGCUUAUGAUCCAGGCGAUUGCCAGAUCGCCAAUUCGACCGCACAAGUUCGAAACUUUACAAACGGUUACUAUUGGCGGCUCCACUGUGUACCCGGAAGUUGUAGAGCUCUGCGCUUCUUUGGGGGCGAAGAGAAUAGCAGCAGGGUAUGGUAUGAGUGAGAGUUUGGUGGUCGCAACCAACAAUCAGAGUGCCGAAGAUGCGAUCAAAGGAGGGGACGAGGUGUGCUUGGGAACUGCGGUAUCAGGAGGGUGUAUUCGCAUCUGCCCACCCGGGAGUUGUGCGCUGCUCUCCCGCGGCGAGAUUGGUGAGGUACAUCUUGGUGGUCUGACUGUGUUUAGUGGGUAUCUGGGAAUGGAGCACGAAUCAUGCUAUCGCGAGGGUGGUGUGAAUUUCAUUGUGUCAGGAGACCAGGGCUAUAUGGAUAACCAGGGCCAAUUAUAUGUGCUGGGAAGGUACAAAGACCUCAUCAUCCGAGGAGGUGAGAACAUCUCGCCUUCCCAGAUUGAGCGGGUUUUGUCCCACGAAAAAGGAAUCACAGCUCAGGUUGUGGGCGUGCCCGAUACUGUGGCUGGCGAAGCCAUAGUGGCAAUCAUCCGACGUGAUUCAGGUAUCGAACUGGACUGUGAUGAGCUGCGAAAUGUUGUAUCCAAAAGCUUAGGGCCUCAGCUUGCACCGUCCAUGAUUUAUGACUUGGUGGAUGAUCUCGGCUCCGAGGUGUUUCCAAUGACACCGUCAGGAAAGGCCCAGAAAGCCACGCUCCGCCAGUGGACCCUGGAGCAUAUCGAGAGAGUCAAAUCCUCUCAGCCAAAUGAUAUGGGGAGUACGAUUGAAUCUCAAUUGGCCGAGAUCUGGUCCUCUCUCUCUGGCCGCUCGGUGGCUACAAUCACCCCUGAUACAUCAAUCCACACAUUCACCGAUAGCAUGACGCUCAUCCAGUUUUGCUCGGCUGUCUUUGAGCGAUACAAGAAGACUAUUACCGUCAAAGAUCUCGGCGAGUCCAAGACAGUCAGAUCACAAGCAAAGCUGUUGGAAGAACGCCAGGAAAUGAACAUUGAAUCUGAUAGAGUUUCAAACGCCGCAGCGGGCCCAACACCAUGGCGAGAGCUGCCCGAAAAUCGUCCGCAAAUGCUGAGGAUUGAGCAAGCGGCAGUUGGGCGUUUUAACUCCAUGGGAUUCAAUUGGGGUGAUGUGGAGGACGUCUUCCCAAAGAACGGCAUCAUCGGCCCAAUGGCUUGA